GGUCCUCCCAGAGCAGGUAUUUCCCUCUCUUUCCCACAAACACACACACACACUGUUGCUGUGGCGGCGGCGGCGAGGGGUGGGGUGUUGGUGGGCUGACUGUGUGAAACUCUUGCAUUGAUAACCUGCAGCUCAGAGUUGCUCGGUCUCACUUCGCGGCCGCCUCCAUCGCCUGGAUCCUCCUCGGUCCCGCUCCGUCUCCUUCCUGCCUCUCACCCUCGGAGCAUCCGCAGCCCACCUCGGACACCUCACCUUCGGCCUGUCGCCAUGACGCCCUCCAUGCCACUUUUCCUGCUGCUGCUCAGCCUCAUGGGAGCUCAAGCCAUGAAUGACCUCCGCACGGCAGCUGCCAUGGCUGCAGGUCUGUGUAAAACCCGCCCCACAGACCUGGUGUUCAUCAUCGACAGCAGCCGUAGUGUCCGACCGUCGGAGUUUGAGCAAGUGAAGGUUUUUCUAGCAAAAGUCAUCGAGGGACUGGAUGUUGGGCCUAACGCCACCCGUGUCGGAGUCGUCAACUACGCCAGCCGCGUCAAGAACGAGGUGUCCUUAAAGACUCACCGCACCAAAGCUGCUCUGGUCAGAGCUGUAACCAAAAUCGAGCCCCUGUCCACCGGGACCAUGACCGGCCUGGCAAUCCAGUUUGCCCAGAACGUGGCCUUCAGCGAGAUCGAGGGCGCUCGGACCAAAUCUCAGGACAUCAGCAGGGUAGCCAUCAUCGUGACAGACGGGCGCCCUCAAGACAACGUCAGGGACGUGGCUCUGCGUGCUCGAGAGGCAGGCAUUGAGAUUUUUGCCAUCGGGGUGGGUCGUGUGGACAUGAACACCCUGAAGCAGAUGGCCAGCGAUCCUCUAGACGACCAUGUGGACUAUGUGGAAAGCUACAGCGUAAUAGAGAAACUCACCAAAAAGUUUCAGGAGGCCCUCUGUGUGUCGGACCUGUGUGCCACCGGGGAUCAUGACUGUGAGCAGGUAUGCAUCAGCACCCCAGGAUCAUACAAAUGUGCCUGCAAAGAUGGCUUUACCCUCAAGGACGAUGGUCGCACCUGCAGUGCUUGCAGCAGUGCUGCCACAGAUGUGGUGUUUGUAAUCGACGGUUCAAAAAGCGUCCGCCCUGAGAACUUUGAGCUGGUGAAGAAGUGGAUCAACCAGAUCAUCGACAAACUGGACGUCUCCGACCUCAAAGCUCACGUUGGACUCGUGCAGUACUCUAGCACUGUCAGGGAGGAGUUCCCCCUGGGCCGGUACAACAACAAGAAAGACCUCAAAGACGCUGUCAAGAAGAUGGCUUAUAUGGAGAGGGGAACCAUGACAGGCCAGGCCCUGAACUUCAUGGUGGAGAACAGCUUUGGACGCUCCCGGCCUGGAAACAGCUUUGGACGCUCCCGUCCUGGAGUUGCAAAAGUGGGGAUCGUCUUCACCGAUGGCCGAAGCCAGGAUUACAUUGGAGACGCUGCCAAGAAGGCAAAAGACAACGGAUAUAAGAUGUACGCUGUUGGAGUGGGUAAUGCCGUUGAGAACGAGCUGAAAGAGAUUGCCUCUGAGCCGACUGCAGAUCACUACUUCUACACCGCUGACUUCAAAACCAUGAACCAGAUUGCCAAGAAGCUGCAGAUCAACUUUUGUGAUGAGGAGAAACCGUGCGAAUGUGACUCACUCGUAAAGUUCCAGAAGAAAGUAGAAAGUGCUCUCCAGGCACUAACAAAAAAAUUAGAGAAUAUGUCGAAGAGGAUUGCCUUGCUGGAGAACAAGAUCGUCUGAAGACUCUCAACCUACUCCCAGAUUUACAUCCAUACACCCAUGCACACACGCACACUAAAUCAUUCUUUACUUCCAACAGAGCAUUAAAGAAAAUGUGUGUGUGUUUGUGCAAGUUCCAGAACUCCUCUUUUACCCAAAACCCGUUUCCUCCUCCCUGUUUCUUCUCUGAAGGCCAUCAGUUUCCGUGGAGACCACACCUUCACUCCAAACACGAUCCUCUGAAGGCUGCCUGUGUGUCUGUUU